UGUUCGUUUGCCGGCCGCUGCAAGGAUCAGAGAAUCCUUUCAUUCCUGAGGAGGAUGGAGCUGCCCGGAGAGGGGAGGGUGAGAUGGGGUCGGUGGUGCUGCCGACUCUGCGGAGGAAACGGGAGGUCGACGCCGCCAUCCGCGACACCCUUGACAUGGUUCUCGUCCUCCGCUUCGGCCGGGCCGCUGACGCCGCCUGCCUCCAGCUCGACGACAUCCUUGCUAAAUCUUCUUGGGACAUAUCCAAGUUUGCUACAAUAGCAUUGGUCGACAUGGAUUCUGAGGAGAUUCAAGUUUAUGUUGACUAUUUUGACAUCACGUUGGUCCCAGCAACCAUUUUUUUCUUCAAUGCUCAUCACAUGAAGAUGGAUUCAGGGACACCUGAUCACACAAAAUGGAUAGGCUCUUUCAGCAGCAAGCAAGACUUCAUUGAUGUAGUUGAGGCAGUAUUUAGGGGCGGGAUGAAAGGCAAACUGAUAGUGUCUUGCCCACUUCCACCAGAGAGGAUACCCAGAUUUCAACUUCUUUUCAAGGAUGUCUGAGCAAAAGGAGCGUACAUUCUAAUGAGAUGCCGUUUUCCUAAAGAAUAACUUGCUAAUGGUUAGAAAAAAAAGAGGAUAUUUUUCCAGGUAAUCUACUACAGGAGGAUAUGGAAUCGUGCUUCCAUCAGGUUGGUGACGAUCAAUCAAAAGUUAACACCUAAAUUCAUCUUCAUCAACUUCGUUUCUUUAGGUUGUAGCAUAAUACAACUUUACCUGUUUUGCCGUCUGUACAGCUCAGUAUUGCACAAACUAAAAUGAUCAGCUAAAGUGGUUAUCUGUUUGUGCGCAAAUACAAUUCUGCCAUUCUGGUUAUAAGAAAGCCUAGUUAGUUGUUGUGAACUCAUGAAACAAAUUAUAAAAGGGUACAUGUCCUUGGCA